AUGGGCGGUGCCCACCACGCCGGCCUGCUGGGUGGCGAGUGUGAGCGGUACUCCCACACCUGUGUGGGCGUGGGCGUGGGCGUAGCGGCGCUUCUGGUGCUGUUCCCAGCGGCUGUUGCUGUCACUCUGGCAUCCUCCAGCCUCUCCUCCACCGCGCCACUCCUUCAGCUGUUUCCAGGGGCGUCUCUGCUGGGCAUGCGGGCGGUGGUGGGCGUAGGCGCCGUGGUGGGGCUGUGGGCGGGGAUUUUGGGCGGGCUUUUGACCGGUUCCCGCCUGGCCCACAGGCUGGCCAGCGACGGGCUGGCCCCCAGGUGUCUUGGCCACGUCUCGCGACACACAAGGACGCCCUGGCUGGCUGCACUCUUCUGCGGCGCCGCAGCUGCGGUUAUUGCCGCAAUUUGCUCGUCGUGGGUUCUUCUGCGGGCCGCAGGUGCGGGGAGCGUUGGUGCGGGCGUGGCGGGGGCUGCGGCAGUCUUGGCCCGCAGGUAUCGGCCAGAUUCUCCCAAUGCGGCGUGCGACACGCCGCCUACAACACUCUCCCGCAGUAGCAGCCUCGCCGCAUGCGACGAUAUUGAGCCCCGUCACGUGACCGUAGAGUGGGCGGCCGGGUCCUGGGCCUCAGCUAUCACAGAGCCGCCCACGCCGCCCACGUGGGCGUCCUGGCGGACCGCAAGGUUCCUAUUGGCCACCUUCAUAGUCAACUGCGUCGCGGGCGUGGGCGUGCUUCGAGGCUCUAGGGAGCUGGAUAUAGGUCUGUGGGCGUGGGCGGGCGUGGGGCUCUGCGUCUGUGGGUGUGCUGUUUGUUGUGUGGGGUUGUGGCUACAACCGCGCCACCCGCCGCUCACAACCGCCACCACAACCGCGCCUAUCCUGCCGCUCAUAGCCAUCCUUGCCAAUAUCCUGCUGCUCCUGCACCUGCCGCUGCUGGCUCUAGGCCUAGCCUGCAGCGUGUGGGCGGCUGCGUCUGCGGCUUGGCUCCUCAAAGGCCGGACCGCAAGUAUGGAAGCAGUUCUCAGUCGAGCCCUUCUUACCCACAGCGGUCAUCAAUCUCCUGCUGACGUGUUGUAAUAACCCCUCACAACCUCACCCUUACAGUGCUGGGUAGUAUUGACCUCUCCUGACACGUAGGGGGUCAACAAUCCCCUGCUGACCUGUUGUAAUAACCCCUCACAACCUCACCCUUACAGUGCUAGGCAGUAUUGAUCUUUUCUGACCCAUAGGGGUCAACAAUCUCCUGCUGACGUGUUGUAAAACCCCUCACAACCUCACCCUUAUAAUGCUGGACAGUAUUGACCUCUCCUGUCCCGUAGGGGUCACCAAUCCUCGGGAUAAUCUGGGGCAACGAUUCUGUACACUAUUCGCCAGAUGACAUGUUGUUAUGACCCCUCCCUCACACCCCCAUGGUCACCAAUCCCUGGUUGACCAAAGGAAUUGACCUUCCCUGAACUACAGUGGUCACUAUCCACUCGUUACAGUAGGGACCAUUGACCAUUAUCAGGUCAAUAAUAGACACUAAUCUUCCAGGGGCAAAGGAGUCAUCAAUACUCUACAUAUCCACUACAAAAUCACUACAUCUGUUAUAAAUGAUAUCGACUUAGGGGGUCAACACUUCUCAAUCUGAGGUUAUUAUAAGUAUAAACAAACCCCCGUAGAGGCUCGGGGCUCUAAGAACUUGUUUAAGACACGUAAACAAGACACUCUUGCUAGUCGAAAGAUGUAGAUGUUUCGUAAGAGGUGAUGACCCUUGACGUGGAAAGUACAUAUCGCUAAAACAUAUUUUGAGUACAUACGUGAGUGCUUGUUUUGAUAACCAGAGUCGUUAGGUUACUUCAAUGUGGUCGUUUCUGAUUGUUUGUGUGUGAAGGGCUUAGUCUUGAAGGGAAUUAAUACAGAUAAUGUAAUAUACUGUUGUAUACUGUUGUAUGCUGUUGUAUACUCACACAUCCAAUACAUACUGGUGCAUACUUAUAUAUACAAUGAUAAGUGUAAUGUAUUCUAUGUAUUGGAGUGAACUUCGGCUGGCCUCCUGAGUCAGUACUCUUCAUA